GAUCUAUCAAUUGGCUGGAGAGUUGCUGUUCCAAUCAAACAAAAUAUGAUAUAUGGUGUAAUAAGAUGGAUGGGAAAAUAUGAAGGAAAAGACACAGCAGGCAUUGAAACGGAUGAAGAAAUAGCUGCAGGAACAGAUGGAACUUUUAUGGGAGAUAGACUUUUUGACUGCGCUCCAAAACAUGCGUUAUUUGUACCCUUGGACAAGUGUAAAAAGGAUAAAAGAUUUUGUACUGCCACUAAUAAACCAACUCAUAAUCAAAAUGGAUUUGGAUCCUUAGAGACACCUGAUAUCAAUGGUGAUAUUUCCCCUCCAACUUCUUUAAGUGAUCAACAGGUUUGGGAGAAAGUUUGUGGUAAAAAUAAAGGAAUUCAAGGACAUCAUAACUCAUGUUAUUUAGACUCUAUGUUAUUUGGAAUGUUUUAUUUUACCACUGUAUUUGACUCUAUAUUAUAUCGUCCAAAAGGACAGAGUGAUAUUGAACCUUAUGAAACUGUACAGAAAGUUUUAAAAGAAGGAAUUGUAAAUCCACUAAGAAGAAAUCAUUAUGUGCGAGCUGAUAAAGUGAUGAAGUUACGUGAGUUAUUAGACAAAUAUAGUAAUAUACCUGGUAUGAUGAAUGAAGAAAAAGAUCCAGAAGAAUUUUUAAUGGCAUUGUUAUGUCAUGUUAUGAAAGCUGAUCCUUUCUUACAUCUGAGCUCUGGAGAACACACAUAUUUCUAUCAGUUAUUUAUGGAGAAAGAUGAUCGUUUAUUAUUACCUACUACACAACAUUUAGUUGAAAUAUCUUGUUUACAAGGUGGUGUUAAACUGAAGGAGGUUCCAUCAUGUUUAAUCAUACAGAUGCCAAGAUUUGGUAAAGAUUAUAAGAUGUAUGGGAGAAUUAUACCAAGUUUAGAAUUAGAUAUAACUGAUAUUCUUCAAUAUUGUCCAAGAGAAUGUGUUAUCUGUGGACAUUUAGCAGAAUUUGAAUGUAAAGAAUGUUAUCAAUCGAUGGGUUCUCCAGGUUUAAAGGAUACAGCCUUUUGUGAACAGUGUAGCGCAAGGAUUCACAAACAUUUAUCCAGAAAAAAUCAUGAAGUGGAUAGAAUUGAAGUUCCAAUGGAGUACUUAGAAUACAUAACACAACAAUCUAAAGGUGGAACAGAGCCUGAAUAUACAGUUCCAAGAGAAAAGAUGGAAUUAUUUGCUGUUGUUUGUAUACAGACUAGUCAUUAUGUUUCCUUUGUUAAAUGUGGUAGUGGUAAAGAUGCCCAGUGGGUUUUCUUUGAUUCUAUGGCAGAUAGAAUGGGUGAACAAACUGGUUACAAUAUACCUCAAGUAACCCCUGUACCAGAUCUAGUAAACUGGUUAUCAGAGACUAAAUUUGAAGAAUUGGCUACAGUGAGUGAUGACAAGAUAUUCCCAGAACACAUGAGAAGGUUAUUGAGUGAUGCCUAUAUGUGUAUGUAUCAGAGUCCAGAUGUCAUGAAAUUUAGAUAACUACUGUUAUAAACAUUGUUGUACACUUUAUAAUAUGCUAUUCGGUCUGUUUUUAGCAACAGUUUUCCUACAGUUUUUAUCUGAAAUAAGUCACUAGUUAUGAGACCUGACACUAACAAUAUUUCUUUAGUGAAACUGCAAGUUAUUGCACCUUAUUUGUUUUCAUGAUUUGGUUUGGUUUGGACAUGCAGUUUCAUUUAAGGUAUUGAUAAACUCACAAGAUUUUGAUGACUUAUAGUUUUACUCUGAC